AUGCCCUUCUUUUAUGGCUCACAUGCCAAAGUGACCCGCAAAUCCCGACGGAUCAUAAGGCCACGCGACUGCGCAGAGGUCAUUGCGGACUGGGCCCUCUACUCACCACAUUUCGAGCUGGAAAUAGCCAUGGAGAUGGGCCGCACAAAGCCAAAGACACCCUGCAGUACGAGAGACAUCGGCAAGCUGCUCACGGUCACGCCGCAACUGAUAAAAACAGAGAAGGCUGCAAGAGAGGGCCCCACAGACCUGUCAGACGAUGAGGGCAGUCAGACGAUGAGGGCAGUCAGCCUCAUGCUAGGCCUAGCAACCUUACCACAUCAACCCCAGGCAUGUCCAUGGAGCCACAGUCCUCAGCUCCCUCCACCAAACAGGACAUAG